AUGUCAAAACUUUCGGCGCUGAAGGAUCGCAUCGUCGGUUUACCCUCCAAGUUCACUGGUGCCGAAAAGCAAAGCGGACAAUACUUGCGUCUUUUACUCUCGAGCGACCCAGAACCCCUUGAUUAUGUUCUCCUUGUGGUUGGAUUUAUCGGCUCGGUUGCUUCUGGGAUUCCAUUUCCGCUACUAGGUAUCUUAUUCGGCCAACUAGUAGAUGACCUCAAUUCGACAUCUUGUAAUACUUCCUCAGCUGAUACAUCGUCACUCACCAAUGGCGUCGUGACGAAAGUGUUAGAUGUCAUUUACGUGACAAUCGCAAAUUUCUGUUUGAUUUAUAUACAUACUGGGUGUUGGAGUCUUCUAGGUGAGCGCCUAGUUAGACGCCUGCGAAUGAGAUACUUGGAUGUUCUUCUACGUCAGGAAGUGGCAUUUUUCGAUACUUUACCAUCCGGUGAAGUAGCUUCACGUCUCGAUGUCGAUCUUCAAACCAUUCAAACAGGAACUUCUGAGAAGGUCGGAAUAUUCAUUGCCAGCAUCUCUUAUUUCGUCGCCUCAUAUGUUGUGUCUUUCAUCAAGAGUCCAAGAUUGGCGGGUAUGCUCAUCUCUUUGGUACCAGCCUAUCUUUUGAUGGCAUUGGUGGGAGGACACUUCACUCAAAAGUAUGCAGGCCGAGUUUCAGACCACGUAGCAGCAGCUACGGCUAUUGCUUCAGCAGGGCUGUCAAACAUGUCCCUGGUUCAAGCUAUGGGUGCCAGUUCUCGCUUGGAAGCUGUAUACGCUCGUCAUAUUGGUGCAGCACAGAGAGAAGGAAUCAUGAAAUCUGUUGUUGCAUCUGUACAGCUUGGUUGUUUGUACUUUAUUGCUUACUCCGCCAACGCACUCGCUUUCUGGCAAGGAAGCAGAGAAAUCGCUGCCUCUGCUGAAAGCGCAUCUGGGACAACAGUGGGAGCUGUAUACACCGUCAUUUUCCUCCUUGUUGACUCCUCUUUCAUCGUUAGUCAAAUUGCUCCUUUCAUGCAGAUAUUUGCAGCAGCUAGUAGCGCAUUCAUAAAGUUGGUUGCAACGAUCAAUAAGCCGUCUUUAAUCGAUGGAACAACCACAACGGAAGGUCAAAUCUUUACUACAAUACCAGGGGAUCUGCAAUUCAGGAAUGUGGAUUUUGCAUACCCAUCGCGACCUGAAGUGGUGGUCCUCAAGUCAUUCAGCUUGAGAAUCCCAACCAACAAACACACUGCACUUGUCGGUCUCUCUGGUAGCGGAAAAUCUACUGUUGCAGCUUUAGUUCAACGUCUUUACGAUCCGAUCCACGGUGAUGUCUUCCUCGGUGAACAUAAUAUGAAAAGCAUCAAUGUCAAGUGUGCGAGAAGUUUCAUUGGAACAGUCGCUCAAAAUUCGACACUUCUCGAUCGAUCAAUACUCGAAAAUAUCGCCUAUGGUUUGGUUAAUUCGCCACUUCCAGAACAUGUUGAGCUUAGAGAGACAUUAUUAGAUUCAAGCUUACCAGAUCUUGCUCAUGCCAUCCGUGAAGGUGCGAAUCCUGAAGAGGCUAUUGCCGCUAGCUCAAGCAACGUUAAGACAAUAGUCAAACUUGUGCGAGAGGCAGCGACAGAAGCUGAUGCUCUUGGAUUUAUUGAUCGAUUGCAGUACGGUAUGUCUACAGCCGCUGGCCCUGGAGGUAAUCGACUUAGUGGUGGUCAAAAACAACGUGUCGCAUUGGCUCGUGCUAUUGUUCGCCGUCCAUCGAUUCUACUGCUCGAUGAAGCGACUGCAUCUUUAGAUUCUGCCAGUGAGCAUUUGAUACAAAUGGCUUUGGAAAGAGUUAGUGAAGGAAGGACCACCAUCUCAAUUGCCCACAGACUAUCAACAAUCAAGAACGCAGAUAAUAUUGUGGUUAUGAGUCAGGGUGAGAUCCUUGAGCAGGGUACAUAUCCUGAUUUACUUGCUCGAGAUGGCGCUUUCGCAAACUUAGUCCGACUCCAGACUCUUUCUUCCUCUGAUGAACCGAUAUCUGAGAUUCACACCCAGGAUCUCAAUGAUAAUGAAGAAUAUCUGCAAGAAAAGGUUGAUAAUACUGAAUUAACAAAGGGGGUCAAGUCACUAGACAAUGCACGAAAAUCUACGCCAGUUGCAGAUCACAGCGACUCUGACGAAACACUCACGCCCAGAAACGAUAAAGCUGCAACUAAAGGCCGAUCAUUCCUCUCUACAUUCCUUGGUAUUUUAUCUAUGUCUAGACCACAUUUACUAUUUGUAUUCUUGGGUAUCGCCGGUGCUGUUGUAGUAGGUGGCUCAUAUUCUGGCGAAGCUGUACUUUUUGGUCACACAGUCAGCAGUUUAAGCCCAUGUCUCAGCGCAGCCAGUAUCCGUAGUAAUGGAAGUCUAUACGGGUUGUUGUUUUUUGUUUUGGCUUUGGCGGAAUUCUUUGCCAACGUUAUCAGCGCAUCUUCUUUCGGUCGUGUUUCAGAGAAGCUACUCUAUCGUGUCCGUGUUUUGGCACUCAAGUCUCUUUUCGCACAAGAUAUUCAAUGGCAUGAAUCAGAAAAUAGGAGUCCUGGUACACUUAUCUCGUAUAUCAGCAGUGAUGCAAAUGCAUUAAGUGGUAUCACUGGAACUCUUCUUGGAGUUAUGCUGUCGAUUAUUGUUUCCAUGGUCUCUGGAAUCAUCCUUGCACAUGCCGUCGCGUGGAGAAUUGCUGUUGUACUGCUUGCCACCAUACCCGUUCUACUUUCAUCUGGGUUCUUAAGAUUGAAAAUUCUCGCCAAAUUCCACGAAAGGCAUCAAAAGGCUUUCUCUAACUCGGUCGCUAUUGCCACCGAGGCUGUUUCGGCUAUUAAGACAGUUGCGAUCUUUUCACUUGAAGAAGAAACUGUCCAGGUUUUUAACCGAUCGCUAAAAGGUCCUUAUACCGCAACACUAAAGACAAUUGCGUACGGAAACUUCUGGCUCGCCAUGGCUUACAGUAUGAGUAACUUCGUUUACGCACUAGCAUACUGGUGGGGAGCUCGAAAUGUCGCAGAAGGACGUUAUAAUCAACAACAAUUCUUCACAGUUCUACCUGCUCUUCUUUUCAGUGCCCAACUGUGUGGACAAAUGUUUUCUCUCGCUCCUGAUAUUUCUAAAGCCGGAGUAUCCGCAGCACGAGUUCUUGAUUUGAUAGAUAUUGGCCCUGAAGGUCUCCUCCAAUCUAAGAACAACCGGGCAACAAAUGAUCCGGAAGCAUCGCAAGGAAUGAUUGAGAAACAACCCAUCAGAUCAGGUGGUCUCGCCGUACGCUUCAACAAUGUUCGUUUCUCCUACCCCGCUCGCCCAGACAUCGAAGUUCUCAAAGGCCUCACCAUAAAUAUCACUCCUGGUACAUUCUGUGCGCUUGUUGGACGUUCUGGAGCCGGUAAAUCAACCGUCAUUGCUCUUCUUGAACGUUUCUAUUCUCCAUCAUCAGGCAGUGUCGAAAUUGACGGUCGAGACAUUUCCAAGAUCGACGGCGUCUCAUUCCGCGAUGAUAUUGCACUUGUUCCCCAGGAAAGUGUCCUAUUCGAUGGCACCGUCCGCUUUAAUCUCGAACUUGGCGCUCGCACCGGGCACACCCCAAGCAUGGGGGAAAUUGAGUCUGCAUGCAAAUUAGCCAACAUUCACGAUACCAUUGUCUCACUACCCGAAGGCUACGAAACCCCCUGUGGUUCAAAUGGAGGUCAAUUUUCCGGCGGUCAACUUCAACGUCUCUCUAUUGCUCGAGCAUUGCUUAGAAAGCCACGCUUAUUACUUCUUGAUGAGUCGACUUCGGCUCUUGAUGCUGAGUCUGAGAAGUUAUUUGAGGAGGCAUUAGAAAAGACAGCAAAAGGUGUUACGGUUAUUGCUAUUGCUCAUCGAUUGAGAACUAUCAAGAAGGCGCAGACGAUCUUUGCAAUUGAUGGAGGUAUUUGCGUGGAUCAAGGGAGUCAUGACGAAUUGGUGCUUAGAAAUGAGGAGUACAGAGCUAAUGCUGCCUUUCAGACGUUGUGA